AGUCAGGACGAUGAUGUGCAGCAGAAGGAGGCUGAGGCAGCAGCUCUGAACACGGAGAAAGCCGACCAGGAUCAAACACUUUUAUUACUACUUUUUUCUUUUUGGAUCGUUUGGCAGAUUUCUCGUCGUCAAAAUGUUUUCAGUGUCUCCUAAAACUGUCCUGCUGGUUCUGGUGUGUGUGUCUGCUGCGUCUGCUGCUGUUAGAAACGGCAGUUUGCAAGUGAGGACCUUUGUCCGUUUUCACACGACAGUCACAGAUGAACCAAUAGACAUGGAUUCAAUUUUUUCAGAUUAUCAAGAUGGUGCCAAAGUGAAUCGUUCUAAAACUUCCCGGGUGUCUAAUGUCACCAGGUUGAGUAUUUCAGAGGAGGCGCGUUUUUUUCUCUCAGGCCCCGUGUCCACCAUCCUCAUACCUUCCUUCUACACGCUGGUCUGCUGCAUCAGUGUGCCCAUUAACAUCUGUGCGGUUCUGGCCUUCGCUCGGGGGAUCCGGCCCAAGAAGCCGGCGGCGAUCUACAUGCUGAACCUGGCCUUUGCCGACCUGCUCUUCGCCUUGAUGCUCCCCUUCAAGAUCUCCUACCACUUUGCAGGCAACAACUGGAUAUUCGGCGGCCUCAUGUGCCGUGUGGUCACCGCCGCCUUCUACUGGAACAUGUACUGUUCUGUUCUGCUCAUAGCCUGCAUCAGUGUGGACCGGUUCCUCGCUGUAGUCUACCCCAUCGACUCCCUGGCGUGGAGGAGGCCCAGGAACUCCGUCAUAGCCUGCGUCACCAUGUGGAUAUUGUCCUUCGCUGGCUCUGUGCCCCUCGUCAUCUCCGACCAGACUGAUUACCUUGAAGAGCUGAACAUCACCACCUGCCAUGACGUCCAGAGCUCUGAGAACAUCGCCUGGCUGAAGAUCUACUUCGUGGUCCUCUGCUGUACCCUCUUCUUCCUGCCUCUGCUCAUCACGGUGGUGUCCUACACGAAGGUGAUCUGUUCUCUGAGCAGAGUCUCAGUUCCUGGAAGCUCACGCAGAAGAACCAGAGCAGUGGUGAUGGCUUUGACGGUGCUGGUGCUGUUUGUGUUGUGCUUCAUGCCCACGAACUGCCUACUACUGGCACACUACCUGCAGUUUAACACGGCGGUGGAGAAGAACCACGAUUACCCCGACGGCUCCUACGCUGUCUAUCUGAUAUAUCUGUGUUUGGGAAGUCUGAACUGCCUCCUGGAUCCAUUGGUUUACUACUUUGGAUCAUCCCAGUGCCAGAGACAACUGUCCAGCAUGCUGAGGUGUGAGAAGAUCACCGAGCGCAUCAGUAUCAGUCAGUCAUCGUCUGAUUCAUGCAGAUCCAGCACCAGAACAAUGCUCAAAUCCAGCCGCACCGAAAGCUCCAAGCUCAACAGUUCGGUUACCAAAGUGGACCCUUUCCAAGCAAACCUCAACAGCCAGUACAAGAAGCUGCUGGUGUGAGUGACUGCUGGACUGUUCAUCAAGGGGAUUAAACUGACUCUUACCUGUAAUUUGAAAUAUUUUAUUAUGAAGUUCAAGUACUUGCAAAUACAGCGCACUUAGCUAAUGAACUGUUACAUAAAGUUGGCCCUUUCGUGCCAACAGAUACAGACAAUUGUGCAAUGACAGACGUGCUGUCUGACGAAUGGAGGAAGGAAGGAAGUUGAGAGUAGAUAAGAAUAUGCUUUCUAGAACAAUGUUCAGUUACAAUGAAAUGCUUCUACUUUUGUGUAAGAGCUCACGAGUUUAUAUGGAACUCUAUAGAUAUUCCAUUUAAUGGAAGGAAACUACUUGCUAUUUUGUGUAGUUUUUUUAAUAUAAAUGUUUUGCUGAUAAGCUGAUUUUCAAGCACUUACGUGUCACAUGGAAAAAGCUGUCAAUCAUCUCUUUGUACUUUAUAUAUAUAUACCACUUCUUUAUUAUUUUUUUACUGCUAAUAAAUAUUUGUAACUGCCACUGUGAUCAUGUUUUAAAGCAGUAACUUGACUUCCCUGAUAGUUUGUUUGAUGCUGCUCCCUGCUGGUGGGAAGUGAGCAUUACUGAAUGUGUUUUCCAUUAAAGUUGUACCUUCACACCACA